AUGUUGUUCAACUUCAGAACGAACAACACACCCCUCCAGAUCGCAAGAAGAAAGAACCCGAUAUUCAAUCCACAACAACAGCAACGAAACAGAUCCGAUCUAGCACCCAAGAAAUUCAGAUAUCGCAAGGCAUUCAAGGGAUCAACACCCAUCAGAACCGGGGGCUCAACAGUAGCCACCACGCUCGAACACGGCCAGUUCGGAUUGAGAGUACUCGAACCAUGUCGACUGAGUGCCAAGACACUCCAAUCCUGCGAAACGGCCAUCAAGCGAGCCAUCAAACCGACCAAGGGGGCCCAAUGCUAUCUCAGAGUCUUCCCGGACCUGCCCGUCUGCGUCAAAGGGAACGAGACUAGGAUGGGCAAAGGGAAAGGUCCAUUCGAAUAUUGGGCUUGCAGAGCCCCAGUUGGUCGAGUCCUAUUCGAAGUGGGUGGGGGCGGAAUCCAGAAGGAGAUGGCAUUCGCUGCACUACAACACGCCAAGCCGAGACUGCCGGUGAAAUCCGAGUUCAUUCACCUCGGCUCCAAGGCUAGAUUGGGUGGGAUCUUGGUCGAGAAACCGAUGGACACCAAGAAACGAAUCAGACUAUCCUCAUCCUCUUCCUCCUCUAGUGCUCUUAAUAAUAGUCCUACUGCGAUCAUCUCCAAGUUGUUGGAUCAAGUCAGACUUAGUAGAUCUUCUUCUUCUCUUACUAAACUUCAGUAA